AGAGAGGGAGGGAGGGACAGACAGCAGCAUAGUCUUGUCAGAACUGCGCCGAUCUAAUGCGUCUCUCACAAACGAGCCAUUAAAAGCCGAUCAAGCGCUCGCAGUCUUCAAAGUUUGGAUUUCCUCAUCCCUCCCGUGCGUACUCUGUGCCAUUCCGAGCAGGUGGAUGCUGUCAUGCCAUUUGGGUGCCUUGCUCUGCGAGAUGGGCGGUCAUACAACAGCCUGUCAGACAUCACUGACAAAUACGAGAUUGGACAGGUCCUCAAGGCAAAAGAAUUUUGUGAGCUGUGCCUGGUAAAGGAACGACAGACGGACAAGGUCUAUGUGUGCAAGAAAUUCCUCAAGAAGGAUGGCAGGAAAGUGCGGAAGGCAGCCAAGAACGAGAUCAUGAUCUUGAAAAUGGUCAAACACCCAAACAUCCUGCAGCUGAUUGAUGCAUUCGAGACCAGGAAAGAGUUCUUCAUCAUACAAGAGCUAGCUACAGGUGGAGAUGUGUUUGAUUGGAUCUUAGACCAGGGGAACUACACAGAGAGAGAUGCCGCCAAUGUGAUCCGUCAGGUCUUAGAAGCAGUGUCAUACAUUCACUCGCUCAACAUAGUCCACAGGAACUUAAAGCUGGAGAACUUGAUGUACUAUAGAGAGAGCAACCACAACAAGGUCGUGUUGCGGGAUUUCUACCUGUCCAGGUUUGAGAACGGAUCAAUCACUGAGCCCUGCGGGACACCCGAGUACCUGGCUCCUGAAGUGGUGGCUCGUCAUCGCUAUGGAAGACCAGUCGAUUGUUGGGCAGUGGGGGUCAUUAUGUACAUACUGUUGUCUGGAAACCCUCCGUUCUAUGAUGAAACUGAGGAGGAGAACACUGAUAUGCACAACCGGAUAAUCUUCUGCCGCAUUGUUGCUGGAGAAUUUGAAUUUGAUUCACCAUACUGGGAUGAAAUUUCCCCUGCUGCAAAAGAGCUCGUCUGCAGACUUAUGGACGUUGACCCAAUGCUGAGAAUUACUGCACAAGAUGCACUUUCGCAUGAAUGGAUUGCUGGAAAUGGGGCUUCGGAAAAGAAUCUGAAGGAAGGAGUCUGUGCUCAAUUUGAGAAAAACUUUGCAAAGGCCAAGUGGAGGAAAGCGAUUCGUGUCACCACAUUCAUGCAGCGUCUCCGAGCCUCUGAAAUGGGAUCUUCUGAUGGGGUAGUUGAAGGCCAGGGUGAAGGGGUCAGAGCGGAUGGAUUAGAUGGCAAAGGGAUACAAACAGACUCAGGCGGCAUUUCUACUGUGAGCAUGUCCCAUGAGGUGUCCACCGAAAGCAGACCUGUGGAGAAUCAAGAAGGGGAGAAAGCAAGACACCUAAAAGCAGAAGAGAAAGAAGCAGAGACCCUUGCCAGAUCAAACAGCUCUUUAAAAGUACAAGCAGAUGAGCCGAACAAGAAAGAGUCUACCGAAGGCACUUCUGAAAAGGAGGACAAACUAUCAACAAGAGCGAGCCAGAAAGCAGCACCCAGCCAGCCUAUCAAGACCUCAGACAACCGAGAGAACAAUGUCCCCAAGGAGCCAGAGGCCACAACUGUUGGCAAUGUCGAGAAGAAAUCACCUUUCCCUGAUACUCCAAAUCGACGCAAAAUGGCCGCCAAUCUCUCGAUGGAUCAUGGCUCAUGUUCUGAUGCCAAAACCAGUACCUUGUCAGGAAAGGAACCACCUUUUAAAUCAGAAGACAAAAAAGACACAGUCCAUGAUAUGGCCAAAAAUAGCUGGUGUCAAACACAGCUCCCAGAAGCAGUUGCAGAGAGGCCAGUGGAAGUAGGGGCGACUUGCGAGGUCAAUCCUAAAAGCAGAGAGUUCAAGAAAGGACAAGCGGACAAGGGUAGCCAGUCUGUGAAAAACAUCCAGUGUGCAUAUGCAGGAUUGGGAUCUUCAAGUCUCGGCCAUGAUAAAACGGUAUUUGAGCAGGAGCUGCAAGAGAUGGUCCAUGGUGCAUCAGGGUAUGGUAGCCCGUACUGUCCAACCUACUCUGUUGGACAGUACGCUGGUUUAGAUCCCGGAAGUGGAGCCAGUGCGGAUUGGCAAAUGGAUUGUGUAAUCGAACAAAUUGAGAAACAAAUGGCUGCCGUGUUAGAGAAGAUCGAGGGGGACAUGCCUUCGUUGCUGGAGCAGAUCAGCGACCAUCCCGAGACCCUUCCGAGAGCAAAGAGUGCCAGCUCUUCCCCGUCACCCCGACCUCGCUCGUACCAUCAUUCGACUCCACCGCCCCUUCCCACCACACCUCGCCCAGCAAUGCCUUCUUUACCACACCUGACCAUCCCGCCUCCCUCGUACCCACCUCCUUCCCCACCCAGUCACAUCCAGGGUCACAGCCAUCCAACUGCCGAUGACAGUAACAGUGACGGCCAGAAGUCUACAAAGCGGUCUGGCCAAUCACCAAGGGGAAGUGUAUCAGGAAAAGGGUUGUAAAUAUGCUAAGAGAGUGUGAACGCUCAAGAAUAAAGUAUGUGCUCCAUGUAACAAAAUAUCUUUGGGAUAUGGAUUAUGGAUCCAUGAGUACAGCAUACGUUUUGGGGCUGAACAAUGAUCUUUGGGCUCCAACGCAAAGAGCCUUGUUAUUGAUUGUAUGUGAUGGAUAAGAAGCUUUUUUUAUGUGUAAAGAGGAAAGUAACUGAG